GGUGGUGGUGGUGGUGAUGAUGGUGAUAGUGCUGGUGGUGGUGGUGAUGGUGAUAGUGUUAGGAUUGGUGGUGGUGGUGCCCUUGGUGUCGGUGGUGGUGAUGCUACUGCUAGUGGUGGUUGUUCUAACGGUGCUCUUUAGGCUGUCGUUGUUUUUAUUGAUGAUGCUGUGGUGCUUCGGAUUGUACGGUUGGUGGUGGUGGUGGUGCUUGUGUCGCCGGUCCUGCUGGUAG